AUGGCUUCAGUCCAGCAACAGCAGCCCGGCAUGAACAUGAAUGCCCAGGCCAACCACCCACAAUUGACCAAGGAGUACCUGACACAAACCUAUCAGCUCUACACUCAGGCCAAGGCUCAAGGUGUCCCUGACACUGACCCUGAACAGCUCAAGCGCGGUAAGAUUCUUGCUUUUGCUCGCUCGAGGUCCGAGAUGGCCAAGAGACAGAUGCAGAUGCGUCAACAGCAGCAGAUGCAGGCCCAACAGCAGCGUCAACAGCAACAAGGACAGCAGCAGCAAAAUGGCCAGCUCUCGCAAGAACAGAACGGCAGCCUCAACGCCAGCGCUGCUAUCCAGCCUACCAAUGGUGCUGCUCAACAACCUACACCCCAGCAGCCGUCAUCAGGCGUGUCUAAGGAUGCACUCCUGUCUACUGACCAGCAGACCACAUUGCGCCAACAGCUGUCUGCCUUCAACUACCUGCAGAAGAACAUGCCCAUCCCUCAAAACAUUCAAGACUCCCUCUUCCAAUCACAGAAGACCACCGCUACCGACCCGUCAAAACCUGCCUCGCCCGCAACUCAAUCUUCCACCAAAACCCAUCGCUUCCAGUCCUUCAAGGACCCUCGCGCCUUGAUCCCCAGUUCUAUCUCGUAUCUCGACCACAUCCGCCGCGACCAGCGCCAUAUCAUCCCCAGUAUCAUGCCUCUAGGAAUUGAUGUCGACAGAGCACGUGAAGAGAGGGAAGCCAUCCUGUACAACCGCGUUAUGGCGCGCAAGAGUGAACUGGACAAACUUCCUGCAAACAUUGGCUCGUGGGACACAACCUCGUCAACAGUCCCUCAGCGUCAGAUGAGAGCGAACGUGAGUCGCGAGAUGAUGCAGUCCGAUAACCUCGCCAUGACUGCCAACCGCGCUUUGUACCGCCGCAUCAAGAAGCAAUCUCUGCGCGAAGCUCGCAUCACCGAGAAGCUCGAGAAGCAACAGCAAGAUGCCCACGAGUCAAAGGAGAAGAAGAAGCACAACGACUUCCUUCGCUCUGUGCUGUCUCACGGUAACGAACUCAAGGCCUCGAGUGCGAACCAGCGAACAAGAAUCCAAAAGUUGGGCCGCCUCAUGCAAACCACCCACUCCAACAUCGAGAAGGAAGAACAAAAGCGUAUCGAGAGAACCGCCAAGCAACGUCUGCAAGCUCUCAAGGCCAACGACGAAGAGACUUACCUCAAGCUGCUGGGCCAGGCAAAAGACAGCCGUAUUUCUCACCUGCUCAAGCAGACCGAUGGUUUCUUGGAUCAACUCGCCGCUUCCGUCAAGGAACAGCAACGUGGAGCUGCUCGCAGAUACGGAGUCGUCGAAGAAGAAGAGGAAGAAGAGGAGGAGGUUGACGGAGAUGAAGAUGGCGAGGGCAAGUCAAGAAAGGUCGACUACUACGAGGUUGCCCACAAGAUCAAGGAAGAAGUCACGAAGCAAGCUGAUAUCCUGGUUGGUGGCACUUUGAAGGAGUACCAGAUCAAGGGUCUCCAGUGGAUGAUCUCGCUCUACAACAACAACCUUAACGGUAUCCUCGCUGAUGAGAUGGGUCUUGGAAAGACCAUCCAAACAAUCAGUUUGAUCACCUACCUCAUCGAAAAGAAGCGCCAGCCUGGACCUUACUUGGUCAUCGUACCUCUGAGUACUCUUACCAACUGGAACAACGAAUUUGACAAGUGGGCCCCCUCUAACCAAAUCAGAUACGGCAACUUCCAGGUACUGCUUACCACCUAUGAAUUCAUUAUCAAGGACAGGCCCGUACUCAGCAAGAUCAAAUGGUUGCACAUGAUCGUCGACGAAGGUCAUCGUAUGAAGAACGCAAACUCAAAGCUGAGCAGUACCAUUACUCAGUACUACACGACGCGUUAUCGUCUGAUUUUGACUGGUACUCCUCUACAAAACAACCUUCCCGAAUUGUGGGCCCUUCUCAACUUCGUUCUCCCUACCAUCUUCAAAUCGGUCAAAUCGUUUGAUGAAUGGUUCAACACUCCUUUCGCCAAUACAGGUGGACAGGACAAGAUGGAACUGUCAGAAGAAGAGCAGCUGCUUGUUAUUCGUCGUCUUCACAAGGUUCUUCGACCUUUCCUUCUGCGUCGUCUCAAGAAGGAUGUCGAGAAAGACCUGCCUGACAAGCAGGAGCGUGUCAUCAAGUGUAACUUCUCAUCACUUCAAGCCAAGUUGUACAAACAGCUUACUGGUCUUCGCGGUCUCAGCAACAUGCUUAUGCAGUUGAGAAAGCUUUGCAACCACCCCUUCGUCUUCGAAGAAGUCGAGGAUCAGAUCAAUCCUGGCAGAGGAACAAACGAUACACUGUGGCGCACAGCUGGAAAGUUCGAGCUUCUCGACAGAAUCUUGCCCAAGUUUGAGAAGUCGGGUCAUCGUGUCUUGAUGUUCUUCCAAAUGACACAAAUCAUGAACAUAAUGGAAGAUUUCUUGCGUCUACGUGGUCUUCAGUAUCUGCGUCUGGACGGAUCAACAAAGGCUGAUGACCGCAGUGAGCUCCUCAGAAUCUUCAAUGCGCCUAACUCGCCUUAUUUCUGUUUCCUGCUAUCGACCCGCGCUGGUGGUCUCGGUUUGAACUUGCAGACUGCCGAUACUGUCAUCAUCUACGAUUCUGAUUGGAACCCUCACCAGGAUCUCCAAGCCCAGGAUCGUGCUCACCGUAUCGGUCAGAAGAAUGAGGUCCGAAUUCUACGUCUCAUCAGCUCCAACUCUGUGGAAGAGAAGAUUCUCGAACGUGCCAACUACAAGCUUGACAUGGAUGGCAAAGUCAUUCAGGCUGGUAAAUUCGAUAACAGAUCGACCAACGAAGAGCGUGAUGAAAUGCUUCGUGUCAUGUUGGAGUCCGCCGAAGCAGCCGAGGCAUUCGAACAAGAAGAAAUGGAUGAUGACGAUUUGAACAUGAUCAUGAUGCGUUCUGAGGAUGAGCUGAAGCUCUUCCAACAGAUGGACCGUGAUCGUUACAAGGAGCAGAAGUAUGGUCCUGGAAAGAAGUUUCCUCGUCUCAUGUCUGAGGCAGAACUUCCCGAUAUCUAUGUGAACGAAGACAACCCGAUCGAAGAAAUUGUCGAAGUCGCCAUGGGUCGUGGUAACCGUGAGCGCGCCAAGGUUAAAUACGACGAUGGCCUCACUGAGGAGCAAUGGCUCGAAGCUGUGGACAACAGCGAUGACGAUAUCGAGUCUGCCGUUGCUCGUAAGCAGGCACGUAUCAGCAAACGUGCUGGUAACAAGGAGAAGAGGAUCCGUGGCGAAGAAGGGUUGGACGAUACGCCUCCGCCAGACUCUCGCGCCAGUUCAGAGUCACCUCAGCCUAAGAAACGCGGCCGCAAGCCCAAAGCAGAGACUGUUCAGAAACGCAAGGCCGAGGAAGAAGUCGAAGCACCUCAACCAAGAAAGCGUGGCCGCCAAGCCAAGGUGCCCGACCUCUUACCGCCGUCCGAACGUGAGCACCUACAAGCUGUUCUCGACACGGUGCACGAUACACUCAUGGAUCUGGAAGAGGUUUCCUCAGAUCCUGACCUAGCGAACAGGGGGAUUAUCGACCCCUUCAUCGAGCUCCCUCCUCAGAAGCACUACCCUGACUACUACCAGCUCAUCAGCAAACCCAUCUGCAUGGAGCAGAUUCAGAAGAAGAUCAACAAGAAACAGUAUCAAAACCUACGCCAAUUCAGACAGGAUAUCCAGCAAUUGUGCGACAACUGCCGAAAAUACAACGAGGAUGGCAGUAUUCUGUAUCAAGACGCAAAUCUGAUUGAGAAGCUCGCCGAGGAGACGGCCAAGUAUCCCGAAUUCGCUGACUGGGAAAACGAGACUGGCAACACGCGACCAGUAUCGAGCGCAGGCACACCCCAGCCACGCGUCAAGCUGAGUCUUGGUGGCCGCAAGAGCCGCGGCGGCACAGAGUCGAUGGCACAGAGCGACGACGACGAAUAG